AACCCCAGUGAUGUUCACACCAGCACCAGUGUGUAAGUUAACUCGCUUUGUUGGGAAGCCAAUAUUAUCAGCACACACAUUACUUUGAUCUUGCUUUUUGCUAAGUAAAAUGUUUAUUUUCUACAUUUUCGUUUCGAUGCUUCUGGUAUCUGGAACAUCUGCUGUGAAAUGCACACCAGGUCAUAAAUAUAAUGAUGGUUGCAACGAGUGCACUUGUACUUGUGAAGGUGAUGGAUAUGCGUGUACAUUGAAGUACUGCGAGGAUAAUCCCAUAUUUUGUGACACCAGAGGCACCACAGUUCAAUGUCAAGACGGCCACAGCUACUUCGAUGGAUGUAACUGGUGCACCUGCAACAAGGGACUAGGAUACAUCUGCACGUUGAAGGGGUGCAUCGACAAUCCAGUUGUCUGCUACUCUUGCAAGUCACACACUUCGGUGAAGUCAAUUUUAUCAACCCACAUGCAACGUUAUUCUCGCUAUUUGAUCAGUAAAAUGUUUGUUGUCUAUAUUUUCGCUGCGUUGAUGCUUGUGAUAUCUAGAACAGCUGCUGUAAAAUGUCCACCUGGACAUACAUACAACGAUGGAUGCAACAACUGCUUUUGCUCCAGUAACGGUGAUGGAUAUGCUUGCACAAGGAGGUAUUGUGAGGGUAAUCCGAUAACUUGUGACACUCGAGGAACCACAAUUGGAUGUCCGAUCGGUCACCGAUACUUCGAUGGAUGCAAUUGGUGCACUUGUGGCAAUGGAAAGGAAUACGCUUGCACUAAAAUUGGAUGUCGCGAUAACCCAGUUGUCUGCUAUGUGAGAUGAUUAUGAAAUACUUUCUGGCUUCCAUUCUGGGUUUCAAAUUUAGUUUUCGAUUAGAAUAAGAAAUGUGAAACCAUUUUUCGGAAUAAAACACGUAACA